AUGAUGAAUAUAGGAUUUAUUGGUGGUGGAAAUAUGUCCACUGCUAUUUUUAAAGGAAUAUUAAAAAAUGAUGACCAACCAGCUCCUGAUAUAUGGGUUUCUGGGCCAAAUUUGGAGAAUCUUCAACACUGGCUAGAAUUAGGUGCAUGCAUUACUAAUAAAAAUGGGGAAUUACUUAGUGUAUGUGAGACUAUAUUUCUUGGUGUUAAACCUGGAAUGUUAAAUACUGCAAUACAGGAUUGUCUCAAUACAUGUUCUGUUAAUCUAGUCCUAAACAAAAAUAUUACAUUUGUGUCAAUGCUAGCUGGUGUUAAUAUAGAACAAUUGCACAAGGCUUUGAAAAUACUACCUGUAAAAUACAGUGUAAUACGAAUUUUUCCAAAUACGCCAAUGGCUGUUGGUGCAGGGUCUUGUAUGUACACUCCAGAUGUUAACAUAUCACAAGAACAAUGCAAUAUGUUAGAAAAGUUACUACAGGGUUGUGGUGUGUGUGAGAAAAUUCCAGAGUCACUUAUGGACUCUCUAGGAACUCUUACUGCAUGUGGCCCUGCAUUUAUAUAUAUAAUAAUAGAAGCUCUAGCUGACGGAGCUGUAAAGCAAGGAUGUCCAAGGGCAUUGGCGCUAAGACACGCAGCCCAAAUGGUAAUGGGGAGUGGUAAAAUGGUUUUACACAGCGGUAAACAUCCUGGUUUACUGAAGGAUGAGGUUUGCUCCCCUGGUGGAACCACUAUUUGUGGUGUUACCGCUCUUGAAAAUGGAAGAAUUAGAGCUACAUUAAUUAACGCAAUUGAAGCUGCUACUAUGAGAACAAAAGAUAUAGGGAAAAAG